CUUCCGGUCAGCUGAUAGUGUGUCAUAGGUGUUAGCAAACGAAAGUUCUGUGGCUCAUGCCUGCUCCGUCCACUGACACCACACACCGCCGCGGUCAUGGGAGAAAACGAGGAAAGCCAAAUAAUCGAGCACCACGAUGAUGAGGAGAUGGAGAAGAUGCGGACGCCGAGGAAUCACGCGCGUUCCUUUCUGGAGAGCGUCGCGUCGUCGGAGAGCGUCGGAUACAGUAGCACGCAGUCAUCGCAUCGCCUGCUCGCCUACAGCGAUGCGCUCCUCUCCAUCAUCGCCACUGUAAUGAUAUUGCCUGUUGCUCAUACAAAAUUUCAGGAUAAUGAGGAACUGAAACAGAGCAUUCAGGCUUUGCUCACCACCAAGAUUGCUGUCUACUUGAUGACUUUUUUGAUUGUCACUGUUGCAUGGGCUGCACAUAUCCGGUUGUUUCAAGUCAUCGAGCGCAUUGACGACACUCUUGCACUGCUUAACCUGGCAUGUAUGAUGCUUAUAACCUUUCUACCAUACACAUUCUCUCUCAUGGCAACAUUCCCUAGUUAUACUCUUGGCAUCCUGCUAUUCUGUGCUUGUGUCAUGGUGAUUGGUUUAAUUCAGGCCAUGAUUGUCUUGUAUGGAUUCAGCCGUCCUUUCUUCCUCAAUGAUCAGAUCCAAAUGUCUGAGAAUCAGGCUUAUUACAAGCGACGCAUCCUUGAAGUCAUCAUGAGGGUUCCUAUCAUGUGUCUGUUUGCCAGCAUAUUUUCAUUCAUCUUUAUCCCACUGUCCUACAUCAUUUUGGCUGUUGUCAUAUUCCUGCCUUACAUCUCUCAGUGUUUAAAAUGGAUCCGGAGUAAAGCCAUCGGCGGUGAGAGCAAAACCUUUACUUUACUCUCUUAUUCUUAUAUUGGAUACAUGUUUUAUCAUUGUUCAUACACUACUGUUCAAAAGCGAUGCGAGGUCCGGCUCACAGAACUGUCCGUUUAA